AACCUCGACCUUCUUUAUCCUCCUGACCAAAUCAUUUCAAUUUUCAUUCUCUUUAAAAAUGAGUUACCUCCAAACUGACAUAUCUUUACCCCAUUUCAAGUUUAGGUUGUAGUUCUAGAGGUGGUGUCCUUUUGUAAUUUUGGGAGGCUGAAAAGCCCAUCACCAUCCAAUGUUUGUUUGCCUGCUCAUGGCCCCUCUCUCCACCCAUCACUCCCAAUCUCGGCAUCCCCAUCCCCCACUCCGCGGUGUUCCCAACGCCGCUGCUAGCCGGAUAACGCUGUAGCAAAGUGAGAAGCUAGAACACCGAUAGCGUUAACAUAGCCAGUGUCAACGAGUUUGAAGAUACCGGAACAAAAUAAGGAUUUUGGAUAACCACAUUUGUCCAUCACAUUGAUUUGCAUAUCCACUCCCACCUCUUCCUCAUUUGCAUACAACGAGAAUGGCGAGCGGGCACCCCACUGACAAAUACAGUUUCAUGUACCAACCAGACACGCACAAGAGUAAGAACAGAUUAUCCAGUAUGAAUCCCGUCUACAGCCCUGUUCAGCCUGGAGCUCCCUACGGUAACCCCAAGAACAUGGCCUACACAGGCUACCCAGGAGGUUACCCUACUGCUGCUCCCACCUACACACCUAACCUCUACCAAACGGGUAGUCCAGGGUACCCACCAGGAUACACAACAGCGGGUACUCCAUAUAAAGUGCCCCCCACCCAGAUGAACGGAGCCCCCCCGCCCUACUCCCCCUCCCCCAACCCCUACCAAACAGCCAUGUACCCCAUCAGAAGUGCCUACCCCCAGCAGAGCAUGCAGAACCUGCAGAACUUAUAUGCACAGGCAGCAGCGUAUUAUGGCCAGCCAGUGUAUGCGGCUCAGCCACAUGCAUAUUACACCCAGCCUGUUUAUGCUGCUCAACCUCAGCCUCAUGUAAUCCACCACACCACAGUGGUUCAGCCAAACAGCCUGCCCUCAGCCCUCUACCCCGCCCCGGUCCAAGCCCCUAGAAACAACGGAAUGGCUGCCAUGGGGAUGGUUGCCGGGACCACCAUGGCUAUGAGUGCAGGAACACUGCUGACCACACCGCAGCACGCUCAGCUGGGAACGCACCAACACGUCACCAUGCCGCAGUUCCGGCCCCAGGGUGCACCUGGAUACAGCUAUGUCCCGCCCCACUGGUAGACCCCCACCCCACGAGAAAUCUGGAGUCCGACAUGGUAUGCAAAUAAUCCAGUCUUACACAGGCUUCUUAUGGUCACCAUGGCAAUGUCACAUCUGUCUGCAACAACAAAACUAAAGUGUUGCAGAGGCUUCUUACGGUCACCAUGGCAACCUCACACCUGUCUGCAACAACAAAACUAAAGUGUUGCAGAGGCUUCUUACGGUCACCAUGGCAACCUCACACCUGUCUGCAACAACAAAACUAAAGAGCAACGGACACUUGCUGCAUUCUCUAGGGUUUUACAAAAGCUGCUUGAUAUUUUUUUGUUUACUCAACGAUUAUUUUCUUUUCCUCCUUUGAUUCGCCAAUAUGUCCUGUCAUUACAUUGUUUUUUACAUUGUUACAUCAUCAUUGGAACUCCAGAGUGAUUGACCAAUCGCGAGUGUCUGUUGCUCUGCUCGUGUACUGUGUGCUGCUGCUGUGUGUCAGAGGUGGGAAUGUACUGGCCACGUCCUGCUCCAUCCCUGUCAUCACCACCACCUUUAUCAUCACCAGCUUUAUGCUGCCAAAUGUUCUAACCAUUAGAUAUCAGCACAGUGCUUUGAUUGAAUUGAAUUAGAGUUGUUUUAAUCCCUUUUACCUUUCCAACAAAGCACUGUGUUGGAACAGCAAACCUGUCGUUGUCUUUACAUCCUGUGUGUUGGAACAGGAAACCUGUCGUUGUCUUUACAUCCUGUGUGUUGGAACAGCAAACCUGUCGUUGUCUUUACAUCCUGUGUGUUGGAACAGCAAACCUGUCGUUGUCUUUACUUCCUGUGUGUUGGAACAGGAAACCUGUCGUUGUCUUUACAUCCUGUGUGUUGGAACAGGAAACCUGUCGUUGUCUUUACAUCCUGUGUGUUGGAACAGGAAACCUGUCGUUGUCUUUACAUCCUGUGUGUUGGAACAGCAAACCUGUCGUUGUCUUUACAUCCUGUGUGUUGGAACAG